CAUAUCAAUAAGUUUUUUUUAGUAUCAUUUUUAUACGGAUAAUAUAAUAAAAUUUCAUCAAAUUCUAAAGAAUCACUAAAUUAUGUAAUAUUAAAAAAAUAUGAGUAAUUUAAUCAAUUUUUUAAAAAAAAAUACUAUCAGAUAUUUUGUGUGUUUAUCGGAUCAAUGGUAUCAGAUUGAAGGUUAAUAGUGAGUUUUGGGUUUUUACCGGGUUAUUUUUAAUUAACGAAUUUUUCAUUAAAUUCGAACUGGAAUACAAUAUAUCGGGUCUAUAAGUUCGACCAUGAAUCUAUGUCGAAUAUGAAAACAAAUCUUAAAACUCAAACAUUAUUAUAGAACAACUGCCAUAUUUCGAACAAAUAUCAUAUUUUGAAAAGAAAAAAAACAAAUGAUAAAAACCUUAAAACUCAAUUGUUAUGAUUCGAAACAAAAAAAUAAUGGUAGUUUGUAAAUCAGUUUUCGAUCAAUAAAUGGAAAGAAAAAAAAUCCGCAUUUUCUAAGCGCGGGUCAAAAUCUAGUUAACUGUUAUGAAAACAAUGUCCAUUUUUACUUUUGUGUUUAUUUUCAUAAAUUUAGACUACUUUUUCUUUGUUAGUUCUUUGUUAGUUCUUUACAUUCAACCUUUUUAAUUGUUUUGUGUUACCCUAACCCAUUUCUCCUGUUUAAAAUUGUCGAGCAACGCCAAAAUAUAAUGAACAUCGAACGGUGUACACCAGUUAGCUACCUCCACUGAAACAACGGUGAAGCCAGCCAAUGCAAAAAGCCACAGCCUUUCUUUGCUGAGAAACGAGCCUAUGAAACGACGCAGCUUUCGCUUUAAAUAAUAGGAGCAAUGAAAGUGACACGUAGAUAGUUCCGUAUGACCCACGUGGGGAAACGAGUCAGAGUAGGACCCACACAUAUUCAUUGAUCCGACCGCUCGUCUUUUUCUUACUAAUGCUUUCCCUUACAUCUGCACCACACUAAUCUCACACACAAACCUUUUUGGUUUCAGGUUAGCACCAAAACAACUCGAAAAUAUUAAAAUUAAAAUAUUUAUUUAGCAUGAUAAAUUGUCAAACAAAUUAGGAAACAACCAAAAUAAUGACAACAACCCCAUUUUAUUUAUUUAAAUAAUUUUUUUCUCAUUUUCUGUUCUUUUUUAUUUUUAUUUUUAUUUUUCUGUUCGCUCUCACCUUUAUCUCUCUCCACACAGAAGCAAAAAAAAAUAAAAAGAGUUUCACGUUGUCUUUCUCUUAAUUCCCCUCGAUUUCUCAGGAAAUCACCAAGCUCAUUCACAUUAAUCUUUCUUAUUUAGGAUAGAAAGAUCCAUAUUUUUCGGUUCGUUCUCUCCCUCUGGGUUACGAAUCAAGAAGCUAGAGAGACACUUGCUUUCCUGUCUUCACCAAUUUCAAAAACAGACCCAAAUUAAUACUUGAUAGAGGGUUUGUUUGUUCUUCUUCAAUCUGUGUGGAUGAAAGGUAACCAGAAAGACUCGUCGGAGAAACCGACAUGGGAUCGAACCUCGUCGAGUACUACUUCCAUACCCGGAAUGCUGUCGGUAACCCGACCCGGUCCAAAACUAAUGGUUUGGCUCAUCUGCUUCAUUGUCUUCACUUACAUUAUCUACAUGCUUAAGCUCGUCUCCACCUCACGCACCUGUGACGAUUCCGUUACCUUCACCACCGUCUCCGCCCUCUCCACCAACGUCUCCUCCUCUUCCAUAAAGGUAGCUUCACGGCGGCGCCGCGAGUCGGAGGAGGAGGAGGUUAAGGUAGACGCGGCAGACGAGCCGACCGAUCUCAACCACGUGGUGUUCGGGAUCGCCGCGUCGGCGAAGCUGUGGAAACAGAGGAAAGAGUAUAUCAAGAUCUGGUACAAACCGAAACACAUGCGCGGUUACGUUUGGUUAGACAAAGAAGUGAAAAAGAACAUUAGUAGCAACGACGAAGACGACGACGAUCUACUCCCGCCGAUUAAAAUCUCCGCCGGGACAGCGUAUUUCCCUUACACGAACAAGCAAGGACAACGCUCGGCGCUGCGGAUCUCGAGGAUCGUGUCGGAGAUGCUGCGUUUGGGUCUGAAGAACGUGAGGUGGUUCGUGAUGGGCGAUGACGACACGGUGUUCGUAACGGAUAAUCUCAUAAGGGUGUUGAGGAAGUACGACCACGAGCAGAUGUAUUACAUCGGGAGCUUGUCGGAGUCUCAUCUACAGAACAUAUUUUUCUCGUACAGUAUGGCUUACGGUGGAGGAGGGUUUGCGAUUAGCUACCCGUUGGCUAAGGCAUUGAGUAAGAUGCAGGAUAGGUGUAUACAGAGGUAUCCAGCGUUGUAUGGUUCUGACGAUCGCAUGCAAGCUUGUAUGGCUGAACUCGGUGUUCCACUCACUAAAGAAAUCGGCUUUCACCAGUACGAUGUUUACGGGAACCUCUUCGGCCUCCUCGCCGCGCACCCAGUAACACCGUUCGUAUCAAUGCACCAUCUCGACGUCGUGGAACCGAUCUUCCCAAACAUGACCAGAGUCCGUGCCCUCAAGAAGCUGACCGUACCGAUGAAGCUAGACUCAGCCGGGCUUCUCCAGCAGUCUAUAUGCUACGACAAGCACAAGAGCUGGUCCAUCUCGGUCUCGUGGGGAUAUGCUGUCCAAAUAUUCCGCGGAAUAUUCUCUCCUAGAGAAAUGGAAAUGCCUUCGAGGACGUUCUUGAAUUGGUACAAAAGAGCGGAUUACACCGCGUACGCGUUUAACACCAGGCCGGUUAGCCGUAACCCGUGUCAGAAACCGUUCGUGUUCUACAUGUCGUCCACGAGAUUCGAUAAGCAGCUGAACACGACGGUUAGCGAAUACACGAGACACCGUGUUCCUCAUCCUUCGUGUCGGUGGAAGAUGACAAAUCCAGCUGAGAUUAAUACCAUCGUAGUCUACAAGAAACCAGACCCGCAUCUAUGGGAAAGGUCACCGAGGAGGAACUGUUGCAGAGUAUUACAAACAAAGAGGAAUAAUACGUUAUGGAUCAAUGUUGGUGUAUGUAGAGAAGCUGAAGUCACUGAACUUAAGUAACUUCUUAUAUAGUUUAUUUUUAUUUGCUUGUAUUGAUUUUAUUUUUUGAAAGGGAAGAAAAAUUAGUUUUUAGGCUGCUUUACCCCACUCGUAAUUUCUUGCCACGUUAUUUAACAUUGUAAUCAUUGAGAUCCCGUCGUAGUUAUUCUCUUACUGAUGAUGGUAUACAACAUUCUUCCAAAGCA